CCAGUUUCGUUUUUCCAGCCCCAGUUUCGUUUCUGGCUGUUCGGAGCAGCGACGGACGCGGUGAUGGCGACGCUGGAGCCGGAGCUGCGCCUGGCGGGGCUGGAGGAGGAACUGACCUGCUGCAUCUGCCUCUGCCUCUUCAGCAGCCCCGUGACGGUGCCCUGCGGCCACAACUUCUGCGCCGCCUGCCUGGAGCUCACCUGGGCCGGGCUGUCGGAGGGGUUCAGCUGCCCGCAGUGCCGGACCACCUUCGCGGGCCGCCCGAAGCUGCACAAGAACACGGUGCUGUGCCGGGUGGUGGAGCAGCUCCAGGGCCGCGCUGGGAACGGGGAUGAGGAGCAGGAGGAGGAGGAGGAGGAUGGGGGGGCUGCGGGGUGCGAGGCGGAGGAGCCCCCCGUGCUCUGCGACAGCUGCCGGGAGGCGCCGGCCGUGCAGACCUGCCUGACCUGCACCGCGUCCUUCUGCCACGAGCACCUGCGGCCGCACCGCGACAGCCCCGCCUUCCGCGACCACCAGCUCUGCCCGCCCCUGCGAGACCUCCAGUACCGCAAGUGCCCCUCGCACAACCGGCUCUUCGAGUUCUUCUGCAGCAAUCACGGCACCUGCAUCUGCUCCCUCUGCCUGCUCGGGCACAAGAUGUGCCACACCAGCCCUUUGGAGCAGGCUAAAGCCAAUGCCCAGGUGAUGCUGAAGAAGAAGCUCGUGGAGCUGAAUAAUCAGUGUGAAAGAGCUGCUCGGGCAAUGAGCACUGUGAAAACCAACCAAAGCCAAUCUGCUGAGACAGCUUCCAGAAAGAAGGAUUUGAUCAGAAAUGAGUUUUCAGAAAUUAGAGCUAUAAUUGAAGAAAAAGAAAAUGAAGUCUUGAAAGCAAUUGCAGAUGAAGAAAAGAGAGUUUGGAACAAGUUUGAUUAUAUUUACGGUGUUCUGGGAAACAAGAAGAAUGAAAUUCAGUCUCUCAGAGAUCAGGUUGAGAUGGCACUGACUGAAAGCGAUGACGUUCUGUUUAUGAAGAGAGCAGUAGCACUGCAACGAACAUCACCAAAAGAGGCUUUCGUUCCUACAGUUGAAAUGGACCAAAAUGUGAUGAAUUCCACUUAUAAGUUUGCCCUUAACCUCAAAGAAGUACUAAAACUUACAGAGGCUCAGUAUAAGGAGAGAAAAGUAGAAGCCAAACUUGGAAAACCUGUGGGCCCUCCGGUGGCUCCUACAGUCAAAACCUCUGUUGGAAAAAAGCCUCAUGGAGCACGUGCUCCCUCACAAGAGCGUUUCCACAAAGAGAAAAGCCUUUCCCACGCUCCAGCCACUCCACAGGUGGAGGCAGAUACCAAGGAGAAAAAGAAACCUGCUAAAAAGGCUCCUACCAGUCACCAGGAGACAAAAACUGCAGCUAAUCCUGCAGCUAAAGAGCUUAUUGACAGCUUUCUGAAGAAAUCCAGAGAGGAGCUUCUGCAGUAUGGUGCUAAAAUCACCCUGGAUUACAACACAGCUCAUAACAACGUGAUGCUGUCUGAGAACUACACCAAGAUGUCUGUCUCAGACACCCCUGUGGGUCACAAGGACCACCCUCAGCGCUUCACCGAGUUUCGCCAGGUGCUGGGGUUCCAGUGCUUCAAGAGAGGGAUCCACUACUGGGAGGUGGAGCUGCAGCAGAACAGCUUCUGUGGCAUCGGGGUCUGCUACGGCAGCAUGGCCAGGCACGGCCCCGAGAGCCGCCUGGGCAGGAACGGCAGCUCCUGGUGCAUCGAGUGGCUCAACAACAAAAUAUCCUCCUGGCACGAUGAUGUUGAGAAGUGCUUACCCAACACAAAGGCCACCAGGAUUGGUGUGCUGCUCCACUGCGACGGGGGCUUUGUCAUCUUCAUGGCAGUGGGGGAGAAGCACAACUUGAUCUAUAAAUUCAAAGCCCAGUUCACCGAGGCCUUGUACCCUGCCUUCUGGCUGUUCUCCAGUGGCAGUGUGCUCUCCCUCUGUUAAAUGAAACAGUUAAGGUCUUGUAUCUUAGUUUAG